CGCUUAGCUGAGAGGGGCUGCGCAGGCGCAGAGCACAGGCCGGGCCGGAAAGGCCGAAGCGUGUAGGCGACGGAAAUAUCCGAAGCGGCUGGUCGCCCGAGGCUGUUGUCGACCUCCGCGCCGAACCCCGGAAGCCCAUCCUCCUCCGGUACGCUGCAGCCACUGCGGCUCUCGCCUCCCCUUUUUCCAUCCUGAGCCGCAGCCCCCUCUCGGAGGGAGCAGUAGAGCGGCAAGACUCAGCAAGCCCAGCGUCCGAAGCUGCAGCUGGGCCUCAAAAGACCUGAGCGGGAAAGGGGAGGAAGGAGAGGCCGGGUGGUGGGGUGGGGCCUGUCGGCCCGACAAUAGCCGAGUCUGCCCGAGUGGUGCCGAGUCCGCCCGAGGCGCCGGGCCAGGCCGGAGCAGGACUACGGGAGCCGAGGCGGGCCGCGCGAAGCAGCGCGGCAGGCCCGGCGGGCGGCGGCAGCAGCGGAAGAGGCCGCAGCAGCGGGUCCUAGAAGCAGAAGCGACGCGGGAGGCGGCGGGGGGCCGGGUAGCCGGGGUCCCGGGCCCCGCGGCGGCGGCGACAGCGGCGGCGGCGGCGGCGGCAGGAUGAUCAAGCUGUUCUCGCUGAAGCAGCAGAAGAAGGAGGAGGAGUCGGCCGGCGGCACCAAGGGCAGCAGCAAGAAGGCCUCGGCGGCGCAGCUGCGGAUCCAGAAGGAUAUAAACGAGCUAAACCUGCCCAAAACGUGUGACAUCAGUUUCUCAGACCCAGACGACCUCCUCAACUUCAAGCUGGUUAUCUGUCCUGAUGAGGGCUUCUACAAGAGUGGAAAGUUUGUGUUCAGUUUUAAGGUGGGCCAAGGUUACCCACAUGACCCCCCCAAGGUGAAGUGUGAGACUAUGGUUUAUCACCCCAACAUUGACCUCGAGGGGAACGUCUGCCUCAACAUCCUCAGAGAGGACUGGAAGCCAGUCCUUACGAUAAACUCCAUAAUUUAUGGCCUGCAGUAUCUCUUUUUGGAGCCCAACCCCGAGGACCCACUGAACAAGGAGGCCGCCGAGGUCUUGCAGAACAACCGGCGGCUGUUCGAGCAGAACGUCCAGCGCUCCAUGCGAGGUGGCUACAUCGGCUCCACCUAUUUUGAGCGCUGCCUAAAAUAGGGUCGGCGCAUCCCCACCCCGCCAGGGCCACCAGCCCGGGCAUCCCCUACAAAUAUUUAUUGGGGACACGGGAGGUGGGUGGGAAAUGGCCAGUGGAGGAAUCCCUGCCUUGGCCUUGCCUCCCCUCCUUGCCACCUGCUCCUAGGUAUUUUUUUUUUUAACCACCACGUGAUUCUGGUCGGCACUUCCUCCCCCGACCUGCUCAGCGAUGGGAAAUGAAUUGGCUUGUCUAGCCCCACGCUGGGUGCUUUCCAGCCCCCGACUGUGGGCUGUAGGGUGUGAGGGCCAGGGACCUGGGUAGCUGGGCCCAGGCAACCCCCCUUUCCACAGCCGAAGGUCAUAGCAGGCUAUUAAAGGGGAAUGUAACUGCA